AUAGAAUCCAUAUCCAGAGGUGAACAGUGAGAAGGUUGCAUAAAUGUUCUUCGCUACCGUCCCAAAACCUCAAACCUCAAACCCGGCCGACAUCAAUGGCUACCCCACAGCGCACCGGUGCAGAUGGAUCGUCGCGUCGUGACGAUGGUGCUCAUAUCCGUGCUGGCGGUCAUGGAUCUUCGCGGCGUCGCGCAGCUCCUGGCUCGUCCGUUCGCAGCGGUGGUAAUGGAUCGUCGGUUCACCCCAAUGGUGCUCCACAAUUCUAUGGUCGCACCGAGGACCGCACAUCCUCCGACCGUUACGCCACAGCUUCUGGAGCAUAUGGCCCUGCCGAUGAUUUUGAAUCGUCGCAUCGUCCCUCGACUUCUCGCGCUUCCGGUCGCAAUGGCGGUGAUUCAUCAUCGACUCGCUACGAUGGUGUGUCGUCGCAUCGUCACCCCACUCAUAACGCUUCGGGUCGCAAUGGCGAUGGUUCAUCGCUUCGCUAUGAUGGUGCCCAUGAAUCCUCUCGUCAAACCGAGUACCGCACAUCCUCCGACCGUUACGCCACAGCUUCUGGAGCAUAUGGCCCUGCCGAUGAUUUUGAAUCGUCGCAUCGUCCCUCGACUUCUCGCGCUUCCGGUCGAAAUGGCGGUGACUCAUCAUCGACUCGCUACGAUGGUGCCCAUGAAUCCCGUGGUCGUACCGGUGGCUAUCCAUCCUCCGGUCGGAACGUCUUCGCUGCCGACGUGUAUGAUCGAGCCAGUGAUCGUGGACGUUCGAGUCGUCACGCCAGAUCUGGGUCCUCUCGUCGCCGUGAUGUGUCUGCACCUGGUCGCCCGGCCCUCCCUCCUGCUGCUCCUCUUGCAAAUCCUCCCCAACAGGUGAGAGGUGUACAUAUACCCGGCUGGCGCGAGCGAGUAUAUGUCCCAGGCUUUCGCCCCUCCGACAACAAAGGCAAAGAAGCCGCGAGGAAGUUCGAUAGUCAAUUUGGCUCGACAGGGUAGACGCUCUAGGUGUGUGCCAUGCAGAGGGUUAUGGUGUUGGAGUUCGAGGGUAGGGUGUGGGUGUCGGUCUGCGCUAUCGCCAUCGCCAUCACUGUCGCCGGUCAUCGAUGAUUGAUGAGGUGUUCUUUUGGG